UCCUUUGGACAUCUGGGGGAAUUAUCCUUGUUAUACCUGUACCAUGACACCUCACUCAUGCAAAAUUGGAGUCAGAUAUCCAGUUUUAGUUACUAGCUCCAUACUUAACAACUGGCAGGGAUUGCGAUCCAUCAAUGGAUACCCUGGAGAUCCAAUCCACAUCGAAUAUAUAUCCAUCCCUGGAGCAACCAUCAGGGAUCUCCAUCAUGCAUUCCGAGCUGAGUAUGGUAAUACUCAUAGGCCAGUCGACGUGAUCCUGUGCAGCGGAUUAAAUGAUUUGAUUGCGGGCUCUAGUAGUGAUGAAAUUAUGCAGGAUAUAUAUGAUUUCAGCAAAACCGUUAGAAGCAUCUGCCUCGGCGAGAACAGAGCAUACUGGAGCAGUUUUGCAGCAGCAACCCUACCCUUCCCACCUCAGCUAGUAUCUCUCUGUGAGAAGGAUAGAAAACUCAAGCAUAACUACCGGAAUACCCUUGUCAACAUCACAACAAGAAUUCGAGAGAUGAAUCGAGGUGACAAACAUCCCCAUAUACCAACAGACAUGGCUCCAUGCUUCCACACCUGGGGUGUUCGUAUCAUGCAACACAACAAAGUGAUCGGACCCGCUAACCUCAUGGAAAAUUUUGCUGACCACCGACUAGUAUCCUGGAAAGGCACUAAACCCAAGCAAAUGCUUCAUCUCUCAGAUGCACUGAAGCUAAAGAUGGGCAAAUCUAUAGUGACAUAUUUUAAAGUGAUCUACAGAAUAACCGAGGACAGUUUUAGAUCUAAGAAUGAAGCUCUAGCUCAUAGAUCAACUAAAGCCAAAAAAUAAUGUCCCCAGCCACCAAAGUUCAGUUCAGGUUCAAGGUUUAUUUGAUAAACUAUAUAAACAUUAUAAAUUGGUUAACUAUCCAAUGUUUUGUGCAUUUCUCGAUAUUAUUAUUUUCUCGUAUUCUUUCUUAUUUGUUUUCUAACCUCUUCCUAUGAUAUUAGACGAGAAGUCUUUAUUUACCCUAGACGAGAAGUCUUUUUCUAUUUGCUAUUUUCCAUUUUCUAUUAUAAUCAAAAAAAGAGGUCCUUUUUUAUUUCAUGUAGGAUCAUAUUCCAGAUCUCAGAGUUGUCAAGUCUUUACUAGUUUAAAUUCCAUACUUUAAAUUAGAGAGUAAUUUGCGAGAAGCAUUUUUGUAAAUAUAUAUAUAAAUGAA